UGCCACGCCGUCCACGUACUCCCCGCUUUGAUUAAAUAAACCCGUUUUUCUUUUCCUCUUCUCUUUAACUUUUCACACACACACAAAAAGGUCUUUCUGUAUGCCUCACACGUGUUGCUCUUCAAAGCGUAUUGGUGCUGUGGGAUUCCAUUCACCUACUGCUACAAAUCAAUAUGCUCCCAACAAAGUCAUCGAGCCUAUCCACAUUGAAAUCAAUUUACGUUUCAAAGACCUUUCAAGUCGUAUAGUUACUGGUAAAGUUACGCAUACAUUUAAACAUAAUGGCACGGCCCUUGUGUCCAACAAGAAGGACUUGACGCAAAUCAGCUUAAACGCCGAGAACUUUGAAAACGUCAAGGUGUCUGGUGACGAAGUAGACUAUCGAUAUGACGGACAUUUAAUCCAUUUAACAUGGAAGGAACCUUUCGAAAAGAAUAGCGAACGCAAAGUCACUAUUGAAUACACGUUAGACCAACCUAUUGCCGGCCUUUAUUUUCAAAACCCAGAUACUGAGAGCGAAGGUUCUACGUGGGCUAUCACAGAUCAUGAACCUGAAAAGGCAAGACAUUGGUUACCUACCGUGGACUAUCCAACCGUGCGAACAACGCUUAGUUGGGCUAUCACUGCGCCUAAAGAUUUGACUGCAUUAGCCAACGGUACUUUUAUGGGUGGUGAAAUAAAUGGCGACUACAGAACUACAAUGUGGGAGUUAGAUUAUCCAUGUCCUUCUUAUUUAGUCUGUUUUGCCGUGGGAGAAUUUGUUGAGGCGGAUGAUGGUCAGGUCGAUAAUAUUCCCAUUAAGUAUUUUGCCGAUAAGAGAUACAAGAAGGAAGAUCUUAUCAGAGCCUUUGAUAAGACGCCAUCCAUGAUCAAGUGGUUGCAGGAGAAAGUCGGUGUGCCAUUCCCUUGGUCCAAGUACUAUCAAAUCGCUACUCAAGGAUGUCGUGGUGCCAUGGAAAACAUUUCCUUGGUUACUUGGAACGAUAUGUUUAUUUUGGAUGAGACGCACGCUCUUGAGCUCAAACAUUUGACGGAUCUUGUUAAUAUUCAUGAAAUGGCACAUACCUAUUUUGGUGAUCUAUUAGUUAUUCGUCAUUUUGAACAUGCUUGGUUAAAAGAAGGUUGGGCUACCUACAUUGAAACUUGUUACUUACAAGAUAAUGUUUCGGAAGAUGCCUUUAAGUUUGAAAUGCUUGAAAAUCAAUCUGGUUAUACCAGUGAAUGUGAACGAUACAUGCGUCCUAUUGUCACACGUAAAUAUGAUUCUUCAUGGGACAUGUUUGAUAGACACACCUAUCCUGGCGGUGCAUGGCGUCUUCAUAUGCUCCGUAGCUUAAUGGGCAAUGAAGCAUUUUGGUCUGGUGUUCAGACAUACAUUCAAAGAUAUGCCAAAAAGACAGUUCAGACAAGCGAAUUCCAAUCCUGCCUGGAAGAGGCCUCCGGACUGAACUUAUCUCGAUUCUUUGAUGAAUGGCUUUUGUCCAAAGGAUAUCCCAAGCUCAAGGGCCAAUAUGAAUUCAAUGAUCAAGCUGUGAAGAUUACAUUAUCACAGACACAGGUGGAUGAAGCUGAGCAGGUGCCUUUGUUUGGCUUCUCUGUGGAGAUUGAAGUGACAACUGAUGCGGACCGUGUAUAUCAGGGUCUUGUUACGUUUGAUGCAUUAGAGACUGUUUCUGUCAGCAUUCAAAUACCUGAAGGCGAGAAACCUACGCAAUUGAGAAUUGAUCCUGAAUAUAAGGUCUUGUUCUCAUUAGAAAUGCCUUCGGUAGAUAGAGAUAUUUUGAUCGAGACUGCCAAAAGUGCCAAAGACGUUGUCAACAGGAUCUGGGCUUAUUCUGAAUUGAUCAAAAACGGUUCAAGACCUAGCUUAAAGGCUGUCCGUGAAGCUAUUCUUCAAGAACCUUACUAUGGUGUCCGUAUCUACACGGCAAGAAAAUUGGCAAAUUUAAAUAGUUUGUACAGUAUCGAAAUCUUAUCCGAACUUUUGGAUGCCGAAAAGGAUCCCUUGGCUAUGGCAGCAAUCGCUGGUGCAUGUGCCAUCGUCGAUGAUAGAUUGCGUGAUGCUUUAAUCCGGUUUCUUCAAAGAGAUGGACUUCCUUAUCGUGCCCAUGCCGCCGCAUUAGCCUCCCUUGGAAGUCAAAGAAACAAUGAUGAUUUAAAAUACUUGUUACAAGUUGCAAAUGAUGACACCAAGAUCGGCCAGCACGGACUUAUUCGUGGUGGAGCUUUAAAAGCUCUGGGAUUGCAUCGUAGUGAAGAAGCUUUCAAACAUCUUUUGAAUGCAGUUUCAACAAAUAAGGAGCAUAUUCGUGCUAGACCGUUUGCAAUCCAAGGUCUUGCUAAAUCCGCGCCAUGGCAAACUGAGUGCUUAAAGAACACUGCAAUUGAAGAAAUAACUAAAUUAACUCGUGAUUCCUAUCAAUUUAUCCGAGUUAGUUCUGUUGAAGCGCUUGUUCAGCUCAAGGUCAAGUCGAGUUACGGAUCUAUUGCUACAACACGCUCCAUGUAUUCUAAAGACGAUCAGUCCUGGUUUAACAGAAAAUUGACCCAAUUAAACAAUAUCAGUUCAAAUGAUGAUCAGAGCAACGCCAACAAGGAACUUGUUGAGAAACUUGAAACUCGUAUCAAGAAAUUGGAAGAAAAAUUAUCCCUUGAAGGAUUGUAGUAUUAUCAAAUCUAUUUUUGUGUAAUAAAAUCAUUCGGUACACACAUGUCACCCAUUUAUAUUAAAGAAGUACUUGAGGGACAAGGUCCU